GACUUCCUGAAACAAACAAGCAUAUCAUUUCCAUCUAUUUUCUUUCCCUCCAUACAAGCAAACACCAAAACUUCAUUUUCCCGAGAAAAUUAUUUUCAUUCUCUUUCCAUGGAUUCACCGGCUCAACGUCGUCUCAAAUCUAUCCAGAGUCACAUCCUCUCUUCCACCACCGCUGAUCAAUCCGACCUUCAAGCUAACCUCACCUCCUCACAGUUCGUUCACCGUCAACAGUACAGUGUUUGUUUACCGGAGAAAUUGCAAACAGGGAAGUGGAAUGUGUAUAGAUCUGCACGGUCGCCAAUGAAGAUUGUAACUAGGUUUCAUGAUCACCCUGAGAUCGAGACAUUACAUGAUAACUUUGUACAUGCUGUUAAAACUUUUGGAGAUUACAAGUACUUGGGCACACGAGUUCAGGCAGAUGGAAUGAUUGGAGAGUAUACAUGGAUGACAUAUGGAGAAGCUGGUGUUGCUAGGGAAGCUAUAGGUUCUGCCCUUCGUUUUCAUGGGUUACAAAAGGGAGCUUGCAUUGGACUCUAUUUUAUAAAUAGACCAGAGUGGUUGCUUGUGGAUCAUGCUUGUACAGCAUAUUCUUACAUUUCAGUUCCCUUAUAUGACACACUUGGUCCUGAUGCAGUUAAGUAUGUUGUGAAUCAUGCUGAUGUGCAAGCUAUCUUCUGUGUCCCAGAGACAUUGAACACCCUGCUUAGCUUCAUAUCUGAGAUUCCAUCUGUACGACUUAUAGUGGUAGUGGGAGGUGUAGAUGAACACUUACCAUCACUUCCUCUGGCAUCUGGAGUGAAGCUCAAAUCAUAUACAAAACUGUUUAGUGAGGGCCGCAGUAGCCUGCAACCUUUUACCCCUCCUAAACCUGAGGAUGUUGCUACCAUAUGCUAUACUAGUGGUACUACUGGCAAACCAAAGGGAGUUGUCUUGACACAUAACAACUUAAUUUCAAGUGUUGCCGGUUUCUGCAUGGCAAUCAAAUUCAACCCUGCAGACAUUUAUAUAUCCUAUCUUCCUUUGGCACACAUAUAUGAACGGAGUAACCAGAUUGUGUCAGUUUACUAUGGUGUUGCUGUUGGAUUCUACCAGGGAGACAAUUUGAAAUUGCUGGAUGAUUUGUCUGCUUUAAGACCAACAAUAUUUUGUAGUGUUCCUCGGCUGUAUAACCGUAUAUAUGAUGGAAUCGUAAAUGCGGUGAAAAGUUCUGGGGUUUUAAAGGAGAGGCUAUUUAGAGCUGCCUACAACUCUAAGAAGCAAGCAUUGAUGAGUGGCCGGAAUCCAUCACCAAUGUGGGACCGAUUGGUAUUUAACAAAAUAAAGGAAAAGCUUGGUGGACGAGUGCGGUUUAUGGGAUCAGGUGCUUCACCUUUAUCUCCAGAUGUAAUGGACUUUCUGAGGGUGUGUUUUGGCUGUCAAGUACUUGAGGGAUAUGGGAUGACAGAGACUUCUUGUGUCAUUAGCAGUGUGGACCAGGGUGACAACUUAUCUGGCCAUGUUGGGUCUCCUAAUCCUGCCUGCGAAAUAAAACUGGUGGAUGUCCCUGAAAUGAAUUACACCUCUGAGGAUCAGCCUCAUCCUCGUGGAGAAAUCUGUGUCAGGGGUCCCACUAUCUUCCAAGGCUACUACAAAGCUGAAGUCCAAAUGAGAGAAGUAAUAGAUGAUGAUGGGUGGUUGCAUACAGGAGACAUUGGGUUGUGGUUACCCGGAGGCCGCCUCAAGAUUAUUGACAGGAAGAAGAAUAUUUUCAAGUUGGCACAGGGUGAGUACAUAGCACCGGAGAAGGUUGAGAAUGUGUAUACAAAAUGCAGAUUUGUUUCCCAGUGUUUUAUAUAUGGUGAUAGCUUCAACUCCUCAUUAGUGGCUGUAGUUGCAGUGGAGCCAGAUAUGUUGAGAGAUUGGGCUGUGUCUAAAGGGAUCAAGUAUGAUGAUUUAGGACAAUUAUGCAAUGAUCCAAGAGCAAGGGCUGCAGUUCUUGCUGACAUGGAUCUGGUUGGAAGGGAAGCACAGUUGAGAGGUUUUGAAUUUGCAAAAGCCGUAACUUUGGUGCCUGAACCCUUCACCAUGGAGAAUGGACUUCUCACGCCAACAUUUAAGGUCAAGAGGCCUCAAGCGAAGGAAUACUUUGCCAAAGCAAUAUCAAACAUGUAUGCUGAACUCUCUGCAUCGGAUCCGAAACCGCCGAAGCUGUAGCGAGCUUACCAUAUUUGCACCACAAAAGAUCCAUCCAUUUGAUUCGUUGAUCUUGACACUUGCAAUUUACACAGAAACCACAAGUGGCUGAAUGUUCUCCAACUGCUGGCCGAAUAUGCUGGUCCCGCAAGGAUGAGACCAGCUGUUGUAGUCAUCUAUUUUGUGUUCCUCAGAUUUUUAUCUAUUAACUGAAAAUCGGGAACAUGCAAAAACAUAGAAAUCUUUUAUUACUAAUGAUUUCUUCAAAAACAUCAACUGAAAUGGAGGAUGUUAGCUGGCCCUCUUGGUCUACAGGGCAGAUGAUUCUUGUUAUACGUGCCCGCACUUUGAACCUUGGGUUUA